AAACGUGUAAGAACAUUUCAGUUACAUUUCGUCAAGCGUAAUCGCUCGAUAUUAUAUUAAUUGUAAAAAGAAUGACAAUGAAGGUGUUAAUAUUUGCAUUUUUGUGUGUGCUUUUAGCGAAAGGGGAGAUUUCUUUUCAAUUACCAUGGUCGCAAAGAAUGAUGUUGUCGGAGAUUGAGCGUUUCCCUGAAGCAUGGAUGCUCGACUACAACAAGAAAAUAAAAUGGAGUUAUCCAAGCGGUUUGGUGUUAAAAGGUGCAAAAGAGAUCUAUGAACGAACGAAAAACAUAGUAUUCUACGAUUAUAUCAGCGAUUUUGGUCAAACAAUGGUCAAUGAGGACGGCACUAUUAAAACCUACGAUUUGAAAAAAUAUAACCUUGAUAUGCUCAACAAUGGAAAUGUUUUGUUAUAUUUAUAUCCGAUCGAAAAGAAGGAAAAAUAUCUGAAGGCUAUACAGCUACUUCGAUCUCAAAUCCGCGAACAUCCGCGAACAAGUGAAGGUGGCUUCUGGCAUAAAGAAAUGUAUCCGAAACAAAUGUGGCUGGAUGGUCUGUAUAUGGCAGAGCCUUUUUAUGCACAUUAUACCGAAAUGUACAGCAAUCGAACGGAGGCUAAAAACGCUUACAACGACAUCAUUCUACAAUUUGAUUUGGUUCAAAAACAUUUGUUGGAUGAAAAAACUGGCCUAUUGUAUCACGGAUGGGAAGAAAGCAGACAAGAGGCCUGGUCUGACAACGAAACCGGACACUCACCGCAUUUCUGGGGAAGAGCAAUGGGCUGGUACGGAAUGGCAAUCGUGGAUGUUCUGGAUUAUUUGCCAUUUUAUCAUAUCGGAAGGCAGAAAUUAAUAUCAUACUUGAACUCUUACGCCCGCGCAUUGGUCAAAGUGCAAGACAAGAACACUGGACUUUGGUAUCAGAUUUUGGACAAAAUUGGAGAAAGUGGUAACUACCUCGAAGCUACCGCCUCAUCAAUGUUUGUGUACACGUUUGCAAAAGCUGUACGAAAAGGUUAUUUAACUGCAUUCUAUAAAUAUUAUGCGAGAAAAGGAUACAACGGACUUGUUAAAAAUUUAAUUAGCGUCGAACCCAAUGGACUUGUUAAUUUGAAUCAGUGUUGUGCUGUGGCUGGUUUGGGCGGAAAACCGUAUCGAAACGCUUCUUAUGAAUAUUAUGUGAAUGAAAAAGUACGUUCCAAUGACCCGAAAGGCACCGGCCCCUUUAUUCUCGCCAGUUUGGAAUUCGAACACGAAAACUGAAACUUUUUUGAAAUGAACACCCGUUUGUUAAUAAAAUCAAUAAGCUUUUUCUAUA